AUGGCUUCUUAUCGCAUCCGCAAAUACCAGGAGAGAGAUGACAAGGGGGCCCGGGAGCUGUUCUUGAAGGCGAUGGGUGAAAACAUCUCUCCCACCUUCUAUCACUGUCUGAAGCUGCCCCAGAAUCUAGUGUUCCUGAUGGGAGCGCUCCUUAUUACACUCCACUUCACUGGCUCCUGGCUCCUGACUCUCCUGACUGGCCUCUCCCUUCUGGCUACCCUCCAUUUCCUCGUCAAGCGCAUGUGGAACGACUUUAUCACCCUUACGUUGAACACCGACAUGUCUGACAUCAGCAAACACUACUUGAGCGGGUGUGGCUCCUGCUUCUGGGUGGCUGAGUCCCAGGGCCGGGUGGUGGGCACGGUGGGGGCUCUGCCUGUGAAGAAGCCUGCCCUGCACAGGGAGCACCUAGAGCUCUUCCGCCUGUGCGUGCACUCAGCGCACCGAGGCCAGGGCAUAGCCAAGGCCCUGGUGAGGACUGUCCUCCAGUUCGGGCAGGACCAGGGCUACAAAGCAGUUGUCCUCAGCACCACCAAAGUGCAGUAUGCGGCCCUGGGCCUCUACGAGCGCCUGGGGUUCCGCCAGACCCACGAGUACUUCUACAACAUGUUCUGUAGACUGAUCCAGCUGACCUCCGUUGAGUUUAUUUACCACCUCCCCUCCACACAGGGCUCCAAGGGGCUGAGGCAGGAAGCCCUGUGA